CUGCUGAGCCACCCAGGUGUCCCGCCAGUCAGUUUUUGAAUCAGUGACACAUUGGCUCCUCAUUCGAAAUGAGACAAGACCAACCCUCAGUGCCUUGAGGUCUCUGCCUUCUGAAUGUCAAUAUGGAUACAUUUCUGAGAGUGCCUGAAUAGUAACUGGAUCAGCAAAAUAGCUUAGUCUGCUAGGAGAGGCCAAGAACCUAUCCCUUAAAAGGCAGUCGUUCUCGACUAGGAGUGAUUUUGGUCCCUUAAGGGGACAUGUAUGGAGACAUCUUUGGUAGUCACAACUGGAGAAUGCUGCUGGCAUCCAGUGGGGGUGCUACUAGACCAUCCUACAAGGUACAAGACAGGCCCCCACAACAAAGAAUUAUCCAACACAGGAUUUCAAUAGUAGCUAGGCUGAGAAACCUUACUUUAAGGAGAUCUUAGAGAAGAAGUUGGCAGUGGGUGAAUGGAACAGUGUGUUCUGAAAUAAGGAAUGUGAAGCAACCCAGGAGUCUUUGAAGGGGACCCGAGGAUUCUCAAAGUGUGCUUGAUGUCCCAGCCAGUAUACCUAUAAUAAACAGGAAGCAGCAGCUCUGGCUUUUCUUUUUCCUGGGUUGGCAGGAUAACACUUUGAUCCUCAAAUUCUGCUGUUUCUUCUUCCUCUAGCCGUUUCAAGAGCUCCAGGUCACUGGUGGAAGUAAGCUCAUCCCGGAUGUGGCUCCAGUCAUAUUGCUGGCGCAGAAAACUCUGCCACUUGUUGGGGGAGACCCCAGAUCUCAGAGGACGUUUGCUCUGGAUCCAUCGGGCAGUGCGCUUGUUCAGCUUUUCCAGCACGAUGGCUUCCCAGGCUUGGGCCUCCUUCUCAGGAGGUGGAAGCCAGGUUUCUCUCUCCAGGUUCACAUCUGGAGAAAGCGACAUACCCAGCAUGUCCAGAUCCCUGCCAGAAUGAGAGAUGCCAGGGGAAGGUUUUUCAUGGACCACCCUUGCUAGCUUUGGUUUUCGUGGCUGCUUAAGAUUGGCGGAACUUUCUGUCUUCACAGCCUGGGAGGUGACCCUUGCUGAGAGACCUGAAGAACCCAAGGACUUAAAGCCAGUGGGUUUCUCAGAUCGGGCCCUCCUGAUCUGGAGAGGCUGGAUGAUGUGGUCUGUGUUGUAGAGAUGGUCAAAGUUGUACUGGCUGUAAGGGAUGCUGGGAAGCCCUCGCUGCCAUACCACCUCCUGAGAGAAGAUUUCAAAACUGAGGGCCAGAGAGAAGAGACACGACAAAGGCCACAGUAUUGGUUAAUCCCUCAAGCAAUCCUAACCCUUUUGACACGUAAUCCAAAGUCUUCUCAACUACUUCAGGCUGCCUUUCAUCAUUCAGCUGAUGCGAAAAGCUCUUUUCAGAUACUAGUAAAGUAGCAGUAUUUUGAAAUACCUUCAAGGUCGCCUCCCUCAACACCUUCUUCAAGGGAAAGCAAGGUUCUGCAUCUUAAACCUUCCUUCCUUUCUUAGGUUUCAAAGCUGUUUAUAUUGGUUACCAGGCAACCACCUCUUUAGAAUUCCAUGGGUCUACUGACAGAAUUUGUGGGUUCAAACAGCGGUAUCUUCAGUUAUUUAUAUAUUUCCUUUUGUAAACAACUUUGGAAAACUGCAUUGUAUUUAUUGGUUGAUGGCACAAGGGAUUUCUUGGUCAUCCUUUGGAAAUAAACCUCUAGUAAGCUCCAUGCCCAGUGUCGAGCCUACGGCGACCCUGAGAUCAAGACCUGAGCUGAGAUCAUGAGUCAGAUGCUCAACCAACAGAGCCACCCAGGUGCCCCAGCCAUGUUAUUUCUGAUAGAAAUUCUGGGCAAAGAAGAAAAUUAAAACUACUAAAAUUCUCCAAAGCCUAAGAAACAAGUUUGGGUACGCCUCUGACCUGGUGGGACAAGAGUCUGGCCCUCCAAGCCCAAUUUGGCAGGCUACUCGGCCCCACUGGGCGCGCAGCCUGCAGAUGACGGAGCCUGCCACUAGAGGGUCGCUGAGCAGUUUCUAACUUUCUCCACUGCCCAGUUCAGCUGACUCGGACUGAAACCAAGAGGCAAAAUGGUGGCCUCCGCCGGCGCUAUUCUGCGAGCCUCGGGACUCCGCCGAUGGGGCUUCCUGCCGAGGACUCCAAAGCUGUGGGCAGGGGCCCGAGGCUCGGCGACGGUGAGCCUGGAGCCCGCGGGCGGCUGCGCCUGGGACGAGCCGGUGCGCAUCUCCGUGCGCGGCCUGGCCCCGGGACAGCCCGUCACGCUGCGCGCGUCCCUGCGCGACGAGAGGGGCGCGCUCUUCCGGGCCCACGCGCGCUACCGGGCGGACGACCGCGGCCUCCUGGACCUGGCGCGCGCGCCCGCGCUGGGCGGCAGCUUCGUGGGGCUCGAGCCCAUGGGGCUGCUCUGGGCCCUGGAGCCCGAGACGCCCUUGGUGCGGCUGGUGAAGCGGGACGUGCAGACGCCCUUCGCCGUGGAGCUGGAGGUGCUGGACGGCCACGAGCCCGACGCCGGGCGGCUCCUGGGCCGGGCGCUGCACGAGCGCCACUUCCUGCGGCCCGGGGUGCGGCGGGUGCCGGUGCGCGCGGGCCGGGUGCGCGGCACGCUCUUCCUGCCCCCAGAACCUGGGCCCUUUCCAGGGAUUGUGGACAUUUACGGAGUUGGAAGUGGCCUUCUGGAAUAUCGAGCUAGUCUGUUGGCUGGCAAGGGUUUUGCUGUGAUGGCUCUGGCUUACCAUAACUAUGAAGAUCUCCCCAAGGGCCUGGAGAUCCUCCAUCUGGAGUACUUUGAAGAAGCUGUGAACUACCUUCUGGAUCACCCUCAGGUAAAGGGUCCGGGAGUCGGGCUGCUUGGCAGUUCCAAAGGAGGUGAGCUCUGCCUCUCCAUGGCCUCAUUUCUGAAGGGCAUCACUGCCUCCGUCAUAAUCAAUGGCUCCGUGGCCAAUGUUGGGGGAACCUUACACUACAAGGAUGAGAUCCUGCCCCCUGUGGGCCUAGACUCAAAUCGAAUGAGGGUGACCAAAGACGGCUUGGCAGACAUUUUGGAUGUCCUGAAUAGCCCGUUGGAAGGAGCUGACCAGAAGAGUUUCAUUCCCGUGGAAAGGGCUGAGAGUGCCUUCCUGUUCCUUGUAGGUCUGGAUGACCACAACUGGAAGAGUGAAUUCUAUGCUAACGAGGCCUCUAAGCGCUUACAGGCCCAUGGUAGGGAGCAGCCCCAGAUCAUCUGUUACCCUAUGGCAGGACACUACAUUGAGCCUCCUUACUUCCCCAUGUGCCGGGCUUCCCUACACACCUUGGUGGGUGGUCCUGUCAUCUGGGGAGGGGAGCCCAGGGCUCAUGCCAUGGCCCAGAUGGAUGCUUGGAAGCAGCUCCAGACUUUCUUCCACAAACACUUGGGUGGGGAAAAGUAAGUGGUGGGAAGAGGCAGCUUUUUUUUUUUUUUUUUUUUUGAGGCAGCUUUUAUUUUACAUAAACCUUAUGCCACAGCAACACAUGGGAGUGACAAUAGUUUCAGUCCAGGAAGGAGAAGAGCAGCUGGGGAAGGAAAUAUGCUUCCAGGGCACCAACUGUAUGUCAAUCAUUUAAUCUUCACAACUAUGGGAGGCAGGUGAAAGAAUAUGUGCAAGCACAAGCUGUUGUUCACAACAUUUUAAAGCAAAUACAGUCUGUGAGAGCCAAUGAUUGCUAUUAACAGUUCUUUAGUUAAAGAAAGAUGACCCCAAUAUCAAUCUAAAACUCUCUACCCUAGUAAUGAAAAUUCAGAUAUAUGCAUAUUGGGCAUUAUAAACUAGCAAGGUUGUUUCUCAUAAUUAACCAGAAAGGCUUAGAAAUUGAUGGUUACAUCCAUGGGCCAUAAGACUAAACUUCCGGAGUGGAGAGGUAUUCAAGAUAAUAUUUACAAAUAAUAUUUGGAAACAUAUUUACAAUUACAGAAAAAGAACAGGAAGAUUAUUAAGAUGUAAACAUGGCAACUUGAUCUUUUUUUCUUAAUAUAGAUUAUGAUUUCUAUAAUUUAUAUUUCCCUUCCUUUUUUGUUUUAUCAUUGAAUUUUCUAAAUUGCUACAUUACUGAAAAUUCAGAUUCAGACAGCACCUAAAUAAAUCAAAUGUCAUUGUGAAAAAAAAAAGCUGUUAGUAAGGGUGCUAACUAGAGGCUUGUGGUCUCUGGCUCUACCAAGCCAGAACUAAAA